CCCCAACAGCCCGUGCGCCGCCACAAUUAUUAAUAUAAUUAUUCUGCGGCUGGGUGGAGCCAAUACACAAGCCAGCAACGUCAGAACUGAGGAGGCAGAGACGAGAGAGAGGACACCGAGAGGAGGAGGGAGCUUGGAUACACGUGAUCAUCAUGUCUGACAAGACUGACCUGAAAGCAGAACUGGAGCGAAAAAAACAGCGACUGGCACAAAUUCGUGAAGAGAAGAGGAGGAAAGAGGAAGAACGCAAGCUGAAGGAGGCGGAAAUGAAGAGAGAGACGGUAUUUGAUGAAUCUGACUUGGAACGGAAGAGAAGGGAGACUGAGGCCCUACUUCACAGCAUUGGCAUCCCACCUGAACCCCCAUUAGAUGACCAUUGGACUGAUCAUUACAGUCAUCCACUAAGGGUCGUAACAUGGGAUACGUGUUUAUUUCAUUAUUUAGUUCCACCUCCCAUGUCACCUACCUCCUCCAAAUCACUCAGCACUCCCAGCGAGGCAGGAAGUCAAGACUUUGGUGAGGUGCCACCUGGGGUCAGGACACUUCAAUGGGAUACAGACCCUGCAGCGUUGCAGCUGCACACAGAUUCUGAACUCAGCCGCCGUGCAGUGAAGCUCAGCAUGACCAAGGUAUCUCACGUCGACUUGCCAGCCAGAGAAAUGGUGUCAUAUGCCAAGGAAACACAGACCCCUGUCAUAGCUCAGCAAACAGAUGUCAAUGAGGAAGACGACGACAUAAUACAGCCGAAGCCAGCUGUUGAUGCUGAUCUGGAAAAACAAGAAGGAAAAGAAAGUGGUGAAGAUGUACAUCCAUGCGAGCUCACAGAAGAGGAGAAGGAACAGGUGCUUCACUCCGAUGACUUCCUCAACUUCUUUGACCGAACGUCACGCAUCAUGGAGCGUGCCCUGGCUGAACAUCAGGACAUAUUCUUUGACUACAGUGGCCGUGAUAACGAAGAAAUUGAUGGGGAAGUACUGGCAGGUGCCAAGCUCUCCUUGAACAGGCAGUUCUACGAUGAACGUUGGUCCAAACGUCGAGUGAUCACCAGCCUGGACUGGUCUGCCCAGUACCCCGAGUUGCUCGUUGCAACCUAUAAUAACAAUGAAGAUAGUCCCCAUGAGCCUGAUGGAGUGGCCUUGGUUUGGAACACAAAAUUCAAGAAAACUACUCCUGAGUAUGUCUUCCAUUGCCAGUCAGCUGUGAUGUCUGCAAGCUUUGCUCGUUUUCAUCCAAAUCUGGUGGUUGGUGGCACCUACUCGGGUCAGAUUGUGCUUUGGGACAAUCGAAGCAAUCGCAUGACGCCUGUACAGAGGACCCCCCUGUCAGCAGCAGCACAUACGCACCCGGUGUAUUGCGUGAAUGUGGUGGGGACACAGAACGCGCACAAUCUCAUCAGCGUGUCCACAGACGGACGAAUGUGUUCCUGGAGUCUGGACAUGUUGUCCCAGCCACAGGACAGCAUGGAACUCGUGCACAAACAGUCCAAGUCGAUCGCAGUCACCUGCAUGACCUUUCCUGUCGGUGACGUCAAUAACUUUGUGGUGGGCAGUGAAGAGGGUUCGGUAUACACUGCCUGCAGGCAUGGGAGCAAAGCAGGGAUCAGUGAGGUGUUUGAAGGGCACCAGGGACCAGUGACUGGCAUUCACAGCCACUCUGCUGCAGGACCCAUUGACUUCUCUCACCUCUUUCUCACCUCUUCGUUUGACUGGACAAUCAAGCUCUGGACCACGAAGAACAACAAGCCACUCUAUUCUUUUGAGGACAACUCGGACUACGUGUACGACGUGAUGUGGUCUCCGGUCCACCCAUCGCUCUUUGCGUCUGUAGAUGGAAUGGGGCGGCUCGAUCUGUGGAACCUGAACAGUGACACGGAGGUUCCUGCCGCUAGCGUUACGAUUGAUGGCUGCCCAGCCCUAAACCGCGUCCGUUGGACUCACUCUGGUCGAGAGUUGGCGGUGGGUGACUCUGAAGGCCACUUGUGGAUUUACGAAAUAGGCGAGCAGUUGGCACUGCCACGCAACGAUGAAUGGACGUCCUUCGCUAGGACUCUUGUGGAAAUCCGAGCCAACAGGGCAGAUGCUGAAGAGGAAUCGUCCCGUAUCUAAGAUCCAGCUUUUCCAGUGUGCCGGUGUUCCUAAGGCUUAACAGCUGCUUGUAGAUGAUAUCUGUAUAUGUAGGUUAUACUCCGUGCAGAGUUAGUGAAGACAUGUGCUUCUGCCACAGCUGCUGUCUGCAACAGAACUUGCCUUAUGACUCAAAAUAACAAUACAUGCCUAUCCCUCCACAUAAAAAUAUGAAAGUAUGUUUUAGACAUCCCAUCAGCAACACAGCCAACUGGGAGUGAAUUCAUUAAAACUCUAUUUCGGUUUUUGACAUUCAGUGUCUCAUCAGUAGUUCGGCUUGCUUGACCAAAUGGUGGUGACCUGUAUUUUACAUAUGGAUCCUAGUUUGAUACAAAACUUUAUAAUACAUAACACAAAACCAUCAUUAGCGUCGUUAUGGAGAAUAUUAUGACAUAUAUAUGUCUUGCCUAUACACAUUUAGAAGUUCACCGGUAUUGGUUGAAGUAAGCCAUAACUACUGAUUAGACGAUGCAUAUUGAAACCGGUCCAGAAUUUUAUUGUGUUAAACCAAUGUUGCUAUUUUUUUUUUUAAAUCCCAGAAGGCUGUGUGGCUGAUCAGAUAUUUAAAACAAUAUUAGAAUUUUAUGUGGAGGAACAAAUAUGUGAAAUGAGGCGCAUUGUCUGCUUAUUUAUUUUGUUACUUAUAAUCUCCAAUGACACUAAUCAUGUUGUGAUAAGCAGCAUUCUAACCAGUAGUAUUUACUGUAUGGCUUUUCUUUCGCUUUGGAUGUUAGCAUUACAAUGCAUUUAGGGAUUCUAUACUAAUAUAUUAAAAGUCUACACAACACUGAAAAAUAAGUUUUGCAUGAAUGCCAUUAUUUAACAAUACACUGCAACCUCUGCUGAAAUUGAUGUUUAAACUGCUACACUACAUUGUGUUAUUAUACACCAGGGGCCAGCAACCUGCGGCUCCGAAGCCGCAUGCGGCUCUUUAAUGACUGCUUUGUGACGUUCUUUAUUAACGACUGUCUCGUAUUCACUUGCAUUGCGGCUCUUGAAAUAUUGAGUUUAUUACAGAAUUCGAAAACAAUGGCUCUUGUUAUUUUGGUUACUGACCCCUGUUAUACACCAUUAUAUGCUGCCUAUAAAGAUGAAAUAGACCUAAAGAACAUUACCUAUCUAAUGAAUGGAGUUAUUAUGGAAAUUGAACGUAAUCUUUAUUUAUUUAUUUAAUAUUCUAACUUAUUCGUAUUUAUUGAUUAAAAUGGUUUUCAGAAUGAGGCGUAAUCAUUACCAUAAGUGAAUAUUGCAUUUAUUUUUAAACAAUCGAGCACAGGCCCAAAAGCCCAAUACAUCAAGCAGCCAGCAAUAAACAAAUUAGAGUUGUA